CAGUCGUGGAUCGGUGCUGCAAGUUUCCACAAGAACCUGUCGGAAGAUUUGGUGGAAAAUAGCCAGAGUCUCGCAGAUCUACUACAGAGGAGGAAUUCAAUCAUUGGCGAGGUGCACAGGCUUCAACAGUCUGCAGGUGUAAUUUUUUUUCUAAAUAUUAAAAAAAUGGCAGAUGAUUCGUUCAUUGUCUUCGACUCUGACGAGGACGCACUCUCCCCGGAUAACUCCAUUGAAAAUCGAGAAAAUGUUAUCAUCCCGGACUCCGACGCGGAAUUCGAUGAGAACGAGGAGGACGUGCCCGAGGGCCGGUUGACUCCUUCUAUCAGGAAAGCCAUUCGACGCAGUAUCUUCAAUAUGAGCCACGUCGCUGAUUCUGAUGAGGAAGAUGAGGAUGACGACGAAAUGAGUGAGGAUGAAGUUCAGAAGUCACUCGAGAAAUCUCGACGACUCUACCUAUCAGAUUCAGAAUCAGAAGAAGAGAGUAGCUUCAUCCAGGAGCGGAAAAAAAGACAGAACCGUAUCGUAGACUCCAGUGACGAAGAGACGGAAGCCCGGAGGUCUCUACCCUCGAGGUUCGAGGGUCUUUUGGACACAUCAAAUGAGCAGGAAUCGACGAGCGUCGUCACCUCGCCGACAGCAAUUACCUCAAAGCACCGGGACACCAGUAGUAGGUCCAUCUCCACUCUGGACUCCUCAAAGAUCUCCAGGAGCCCGACAAGAUCCCCCCAUCGUCCUCAAACUUCGAGUGAUUCCCUCGUUAUUGAGAGCUCCAGCAAUGACGAAACAAGUCCUGGCUCAGUGAGAAAAUCCAUAUCGAAAUCCAAACAAUCCAAAGAAGUCAUCUCCAUCGACUCGGAUAGCCCUACAGAGAACUCACAGCUUCAGGACAGGUCUGCUGGGGAAGUUACAGCGUUAACUAUUGCACAGGAGGAACUUGGACUAAACAACAUCGACCCUCUCAUGGCACAACGUCGAGCACUGCUGGUCAUCGAGCUUCAGAAAAAGGAGUCAGAGCUCGCAAAGAUGGAUUUGUUCAUUCAGUCUGGAAAACAUCAGCUUCUUCCAGAUGGCGGUAAAAAAUUGCUGGAUACAGCAGCAGAGACAUCAUCGGAGAUUCUGAGAAUACGUAAGGAGAUUUCAGAGUGUCGCCUGGUGGAGCGAGACCCCCCGAGUCCUAGAUCCACAUCACUGUCGCCAGAGGUGAUCCCGAGAGGCGUCUCAGUAAAUCCAGUAGCCCAGAGGUUCCCCCCGGCGCCUUCUCGCCGCUCCAGUGACCCUGUGUUCAUUCCCUCUGAUUCUGACUCCGAGAACCCGACCCCUCCGGAGAAUCCCCGGCUUUUGAACCGUCCGACGACAGCUCCAAUAGGAGAACUCGGGAAAAAAGCCUUGGAGACCUUCGAGCGCGAGCAGGCACUGACAAUUGAGACCCUGGAGACCUUCCACGGCUCUCUGAUCUCUCGUCCAGGGGAGGACGAGCUGGCAGACGAUCCGAGAGGCCUUAAAGUUCCCCUGAUGAAUCAUCAGAAGCACGCUCUAGCCUGGCUGAUGUGGAGGGAGCACCAGAACCCCCCUGGGGGUGUUCUAGCCGACGACAUGGGCCUGGGGAAGACCCUCACGAUGAUUUCUCUCGUUCUGAAGACAAUGCAGUGCGAGUACACCGAUGGAGACUCCGAUGAGGGUUCCUCCUCGAAUCUAAGAUCAUUGAAACCCCUGGGGGGAACUCUUGUCGUCUGUCCGGCAUCCCUUAUCGGUCAAUGGGACGGUGAGGUCAACAGAAGGUGCAAAAAAGGUCUACUCAACGUGGAGCUCUACCACGGAACUAAAAGGGAAAAGGCUCCCAGGAGACUUGCCAGAAAUGACAUGGUAAUAACCACAUACAACCUUCUCAGCAGAGAGCACAAGGCCGAUGGUGUCCUCUUCAGGAUUGACUGGAAGAGGGUAAUUCUGGACGAGGGACACGUCAUCAGGAACCACAAGAGUCAGGUGUGCGAGGCUGUCUGUGAUCUCACCUCGAGGCGACGUUGGGUUCUGUCAGGUACUCCAAUCCAUAAUAAAGAGAUGGACCUAUUCUCUGUUCUCAAGUUUCUCAAGUGCUCACCAUUCAAUGACAUUAGAGUGUGGAAACGAUGGGUCGACAAUAAAAAUCAAGCUGGACACGAUCGUCUUGCCACCGUUAUGAAGACCCUCAUGCUGAGGAGAACGAAACAGGAGCUCAUGAACUCUGGAGCUGUUGAGAAUCUCCCUGAGAAGUCCACCGAGAUCAUCUGGGUGAAGCUAGAUCCCGAGGAGAAAAUUGUUUACGAGAAAGUAAUGCUGUAUUCCAAAACAAUUUUUGCGCAGUUUCUGCAUCAACGUGCUGAGAAAGAGCACAUGUUCAAGAUGGGUGCGGGAUUAUAUGAUAGACCUCGAGCUGUUAAUAAGAAUCCUUUUAAUAAAGCGCAGCAGAAGCUCCUGGCACAGCACGCGGAUGUGAAGUCUCAUCAAAUUUUGACGCUUUUUUUGAGACUGCGACAGAUCUGCUGCCAUCCGUCGUUGAUCGAUGCUAUGUUAGAUCAGGAGGACAUCGAGCAAACAGGAUUCGAUGAAGGGGAGGGCCUAGCCCAGAGGAUGGCUAGUAUAAGGCUUGACGUAGACGAGGAAGCACCUGACGGGCCCUCUGAGGUCGAUGACAGGGUAUCAGGCAAUCUCCUCACAUCGGAUAAUCCUGUUUUUGAGAGAAGCAGGCAGAGUUCGAAGAUGAGAGCUGUGUUGGAGCUCCUCCAGUCGAUACUAGAGAAAGAGGAGAAAGUCAUUAUCGUCUCCCAGUGGACCAGUGUUCUGGAUAUUAUUGCUGAGAAUCUCCAAAAGAUUAGGGUCCCCUACAAUUCUCUCACUGGGGCUGUGAUGGUGAAGGACAGGGGAGCCAUCGUCGACAGCUUCAAUCAUGAUAAAGAACCCAAGGUGUUGUUGCUGUCACUCACUGCUGGGGGUGUAGGGCUUAACCUCGUUGGGGCCAAUCAUCUGAUGCUCGUGGACAUCCACUGGAAUCCACAGCUUGAGAGCCAGGCACAGGACAGAAUCUACAGAUUCGGGCAGAAGAGGAAUGUUUUCAUCUAUAAAUUCCUGUGUUCUGAUACCAUCGAGGAGAAGAUAAAAAAUAUGCAGGAGGAUAAGCUGGAGUUGGCGAAGACUCUUCUCAGUGGUGGAGGAAGGGCUAAGGCUGCCAAACUCACGAUGGACGACCUCAAGACCAUCUUCGGACUCUAACCUAAUAUUUGAUACGAUCUUUAGUGGGGAAAGGAGUAAUAGUAUUAUCUUCAAAAACCUCAUACCUUAUUU